GCCACACCAGUGGCACCACGCCUGACCCGCGUUGAGUUCAUCUCCCUGUCCGACGCCCUGCCCGGCUAGCCACUCUUUCGCAUCCACAUCUUCGCCAAGGACCCAUCGCCAGCAGCUGUUCUCCCUCGGUCGCACAACACUAUUCACAGACGCUUAUAGACAUGCUCAAGUGCGGGAACGCUGCCCGGCCGACCUUUGGCCGGGGUCGACCGGUUCAACGUAAGAUCGUAGUCUGCGGAGAUGGCGCGACAGGCAAGACUUCGCUGCUCAACGUCUUCACGCGCGGUUGGUUCUCAGCAAUAUACGAGCCCACGGUAUUCGAGAACUACGUGCACGACCUGUACGUGGAGGAUCAGCUAGUGGAGCUCAGUCUGUGGGAUACAGCCGGUCAAGAAGAAUUCGACCGUCUACGUUCGUUGAGCUAUGCUGAGACCCACGUCGUGAUGUUGUGCUUUUCCGUAGACAACCCCACAUCAUUGACCAACAUAGAGGCCAAGUGGAUCGACGAGGUACUGGAGUACUGUCCAGGAGUUAAGCUUGUCCUAGUUGCUCUGAAAUGCGACUUGCGUGAGGACCGGGCAACAUCAGAGCGGCUCGCCCGGUACGGUCUGCACACAGUACAAUACGAGGAGGGCAUUUCCGUAGCGCGUCGAAUACGCGCUUCGCGAUACUAGAAUGCAGCGCAAAGCACAACCGGGGCGUCACAGAGGUCUUCUACGAGGCUGCGCGCGUCUCGAUAAGCACACGCGCGAAGGGCGCGGGCAGCUACACUGGGAGUGGCUGCGUCAUUCUAUAGCCCUC